AUGCCGACGAAUCGUACCGUGGAGCACAUCACUCCCUCUCUAGGCUAUCAGAGCAUUACCAUAGCCAGCGCUCCAGACCGGCAGCUCCUCGCCUGGAGCACCACUCCGCUUCGCUUCGUUUCAGAUACGCUGCAGGUCUAUUUAGAGGGCCAGCCACUGCCAAACCUUGUUAAAACCAGAGAGAUACCAGUGGGUCGUCAUGAGCAUUGUGACAAAUGUUACAACAUCAAUUGUCAAGCCCCCAUACAGACUUCUUUCUCAUGCAGGACCAUCAAGUGUGGUAAAAACUGUGGUGCCAUAUUCCACAUCUGUAAACAAGAGGAGCACCAGCUCCUCUGUCCCAAUGAAACGGUCCCCUGCCUCAAUGUUUUCUACGGUUGUCCUGUCAUCAUGCUGCGCCACAGGCAGGCCAAACACCUGGAGGUGUGUCCUGCCAGCGUUGUCUGCUGCUCACAGGAGUGGAACCGCUGGCCCGUUUCAGAAACUGAUCUGACCUUCUACAGAAAUGUCUCCAAAAACCUUCAAAGUGAGGUGAACCUUGAUACCGCUUUGGCUCUCCGAGACCAAGAGCUGCUUUUUCGAUCCAUCAAAAUGAAGAAUAUUUUCCCUGAGCUGAUGGUGCAAGAAAUCUCUGAUUUAGUUGACAGUCCUGCAGACGAAGAUUCAUCCUGUUCUCUAGUUUGUUGUGAAUUUACAGAAAAUGGCUGCACACAGAUGGAAGAAAAAGAACUGAGUCAAGAGGAGAGGGAUGCUUUGGCAAAGAGUAGAAAUGUUGAAAGUAUUCAGAACUACAACACCUGGGAGAAAAUAUUUAAGAAGGAGAUGGAAGGGUGCAAGCAAACUGUCAAAAACCUGAACAACAGAGAGGAGAGAGGGAAAGGAAAUGACAAGGAAGAAUCAUCAAACUGUCAGAGAGAGACAACAGGCUCACAUGUGAGCCAAGAAAAAUCUGCUCCAGGCAUGGAUGGUGCAACUGGCCUCGCGCCAUGGCAAGACGGGGUCCUUGAGAGGUUAGGAAAGGAAGUCAACAUUGCUGAAUAUAACAUGUAUCUAGUUCACAAUGGAGCAAUGCUAAUUAACUUUGGACAGCUUGCUGCCUGCACCCCGAGAGAGAAAGAUUUUGUUUAUGGGAAUCUGGAGCCAAUUGAGGUUAAAACAGUCCGAACAUUUAACGUUCCAACAAGCUAUCGAGCUAGACGCAGUCAUCUGAAGGAUCCUACACGCAAGGCCAAGACAACCCACCAGAGUGUUGACACUGCAGAUUUAGGCAUCUCUGUCGAGGAUCUUCCAGAGGUUGAUGAGGUUAGCACCACUCUGCUGUGCUCCCUAGAAAAAGAACUGAAAGGACAUUUAAUCUCAGAGAGCUCAACCGUUGAUGGUCUUUAUGUCGAUGUAGGAACACAAACGUAUAGCUUCGCCCUUGCUCCCUUCAGACGAGAUGCCUCACUCGCUGAUGUCAUUUCAGACAAGCCUCUUAGCCUGUAUGUCCAUGUGGAGGCUGAAUCUGUCACGAGAAGACACAACAAAACAAGUUCAGCCUUCAGCUACAUGUGUGGCCACUUCUUCCGCCGAGAUGAAUACCGCUCGCAUUUCAGGAAUGUGCACUCUGACAUUCAGGCCUCUCUCACCGGCUGGUUCCAACAACGCUGCCCCUUAGCAUACCUCGGCUGCACUUUCACCCAGACAAGGUUUCACCCUGCGGGUCAAGGAGCCACAAUCAAAUUCUGUCAAGAUGUCAGCGCCUUUGUCCUCCAGCCUGACAUCCCAUCAUGCCUCCGUGCCGACAGGGAAACCUGCAGCUCUCAGAGAAAUGCUGAACAGUAUCUGGAUCCCCUGAGCAGCUUGCCCUUUGAGAUCCUGCAGCACGUUGCUGCUUACCUCGACAGUUUUACAUUAUUUCAGCUGUCCAAGGCCUCUCGUCUGAUGAGGGAAGUGUGUGCCACUUUGCUGCAGGAGAGAGGGAUGGUCUCCCUCAAGUGGGAGAAAAAGACAUACUCCCAUGGGGGGAGCUCCUGGAGGUGUCUAAAGAAGGUUUGGGAGUUCAGCACUUUGUUUUCCUCUGUGGACAGAUGGAGCUUCAGAGACACUCCCUCCAUGUCAGAGCAUCUGAAAAGCUGCUCCUUCUACCAGAGAGAGGAGCGCUCUGAGCCGGUGCCUUUAGCCUGCCUGGGAGAGGUCAGAGACAAAUAUGCAGCAGUUAAGAAAAAAAGAUAA